AUGAGUACCGUCAACAUUGAGAAUCAUGAAGGUGAUGAUGCUAAUUCCUCGUUCAAUCCUAUGAUGCUAUCAGCGUAUCAGAUUUUCCUUGCAGUGUUAAAUGCUGCUGUUGAGCUCAACUUGUUUGAGAUCAUUGGUAAGGGAAACCCUGAGGGCAUGUCACCCUCUGAAAUUGCUAUCAAGCUUCCAAAUCCACAUGCCAGCAUGGCUUGGAGGCUCGACCGAAUGUUGUUUUUGCUUGCUAAUUAUUCUCUUCUAACAUGUUCUUCCAACAAACUUUAUCAAUAUGGUGGGAUUGAGAGGCUUUAUGGUCUAUCUCUUGCUAGUAAAUACUUAAUCCCCAAUAAGGAUGGAGCCUCUUGUAUUAGCUUAUGUUGGCAUCCCACUUAUGUCGAAAUUUGGCAAAACUUCAAACAAGUGAUUCUUGAUCAGGAAGAGGACUUAUUCAUGAAAGUUCAUGGGAUGUCUUAUUUUGAAUAUAUGGAAAUGGAUCCGACAGUCAAAACUAUUUUCCAUCAGGCAAUGGCAGAUAUAGCAAUUAUUGAAAUGAAGAAAGUACUUGAGACAUACAAAGGAUUUGAGGGGAUGUCAACACUUGUUGUAGCUGGUGGCAUUGGCCAAAGCCUCAAAAUGGUCACCUUCAAGUAUCCUUCAAUUUAG